UUUUUUUCUUCUUCUUUGAUGUCUUUGGAUCAUUGUUCGUAUGUGAAAAUGCCGUCCGAGCCGCCGAUCUCAGGCUCCGGGUCGUUCCGGCUGCCGGAGGUGGGUCGGAUCUUUGAUGAGCUUCCCAAAGCCACCAUUAUUUCCGUCUCUGAGCCUGACGCCAGUGACAUCACCCCUUUGCUCCUGACCUAUACCAUUGAGUUUCAAUACAAGCAGUUUAAAUGGCGCUUAUUGAAGAAGGCCUCACAAGUUCUCUAUCUUCAUUUUGCACUGAAGAAACGUGUUCUUAUUGAUGAGAUUUGUCAAAACAAAGAACAGGUCAAAGAAUGGCUCCAAAGUAUUGGACUAGUGGAACAUGCAGCAGUUAUGCAAGAAGAUGAGGAGGUCUAUGCUCAUCCUGCUCAAUAUGAAGAGAAUUGUUCAGCUAGAAAUAGAAACAUUCCUUCAAGAGCUGCUUUACCUAUCAUGCGCCCAGCACUGGGUAGGGAGCUGUCUAUAUCAGAUAGGGGAAAAUUGGCUAUGCAAGGAUACUUAAAUCACUUUUUGGGGAACUUGGAUAUUGUCAAUUCUCGAGAGGUUUGCAAAUUUUUGGAGGUUUCAAAGUUGUCAUUUUCUACAGAGUAUGGACCUAAAUUGAAAGAGGACUAUGUUACAGCUCAACAUUUAAGAAAGAUUCGGAAGAAAGAUGCUAGGAGAUGUUGUCCGUGCCAUUUUUUCAGGUGGUGUAAUGGAAAGGGGCGGAAGGUCUGGGCUGUGUUAAAACCAGGAUUCCUUGCCUUGCUGGAAGAUCCUUUUGAUACCAAGCUGUUAGACAUCGUUAUUUUUGAUAGAUUUCCAUCAUCAGUUGGAAAUGGACUGGGUUCAUUUUUAAUAGCAAAAGAAACUAAGGACCGUAAUCCUCUUCAUUGUGGAUUUUUGGUAUCCUGUGGGAAUAGAACAAUUAAGCUGAGGACUACAAGAAAUGCUAAUGCUAAAGAUUGGGUCAGUGCAAUCAAUUCUGCUACUCAAUGGUCUCCUGAGGGUUGGUGCCAUCCUCAAUGUUAUGACUCAUUUGCGCCAUCAAGGGGGUUGACUGAAGAUGGCAGUAUGGUUCAGUGGUUCAUUGAUGGGGAAGCUGCAUUUGAUGCAAUUUCUUCUUCAAUUGAAGAAGCAAAAUCUGAGAUAUUCAUUACUGAUUGGUGGUUGUGCCCAGAGUUAUAUCUACGGCGCCCUUUUCAAGUCCAUGGGUCUUCUCGGCUUGAUUUGUUACUUCAGACAAAAGCCAAGCAAGGUGUUCAGAUCUACAUCCUUCUUUACAACGAGGUUGCCCUGGCUUUGAAAAUCAAUAGUACAUAUAGCAAGAGGAGACUAGCUAACCUUCAUGAGAAUGUGAAAGUUUUGCGUUCCCCAGACCAUUUGUCAACUGGGAUUUAUUUAUGGUCCCAUCAUGAAAAAAUUGUGAUUGUUGAUCACAGAAUAUGCUAUAUUGGAGGGUUGGAUUUGUGCUUUGGUCGUUAUGACACCCCCGAGCACAAACUUGGUGAUUAUCCUUCAAUGCUAUGGCCUGGAAAGGACUAUUAUAAUCCAAGGGAGUCUGAACCAAAUUCUUGGGAAGACAUGAUGAGGGAUGAACUGGAUCGUAGAAAAUAUCCUCGUAUGCCAUGGCAUGAUGUCCAAUGUGCUAUAUGGGGGCCAGCUUGUCGUGAUGUGGCAAGGCACUUCGUUCAACGUUGGAAUUAUGCAAAGAGAAACAAAGCGCCAGAUGAGAAAUCAAUCCCUCUACUUAUGCCCCAACAACACAUGGUUAUUCCACAUUACAUGGGAAGAGAAAGGCAAAUGAAUGGUGAAAACAAGUGCAUUAAUCAUAAUUUAGAGAAACAUGCCUUGUUUUCCCCUCCAUCAUUUCAAGACAUCCCAUUACUUUUGCCCCGAGAUCCUGAUGCACAAAGGAUAGUUAAUGGAGAUUAUAAGUGCAUGGACAAAGAGUGGCGGGAAACACAAGAACGGCAGUGUAGUCAAUCUAUCGAUAAAAUUGGACAAGUUGGUCCACGUUUACCAUGUUAUUGCCAGAUUGUCAGAAGUGUUGGCCAAUGGUCUGCUGGAACUUGCCAAACUGAAGAGAGCAUCCACAAAGCAUAUAUUUCUCUUAUUGAAAAAGCCGAGUACUUUAUUUAUAUUGAGAACCAAUUUUUUAUAUCAGGUUUUCUUGGAGAUGAUGUAAUACAAAAUCGCCUUUUAGAAGCACUGUACAAGCGUAUUUUGCGAGCAGUGGACGAAAAGAAAUGUUUCAGGGUUAUCAUUGUCAUUCCUCUUCUGCCUGGGUUUCAGGGUGGCUUAGAUGACAGUGGUGCUGCAUCUGUAAGAGCAUUAGUUCACUGGCAAUACCGGACAAUAUCUAGAGGACCAAAUUCAAUACUACAAAGACUUUAUGAUGUGAUGGGCCCAAAAGCAAAUGAUUAUAUAUCCUUUUAUGGUCUUAGAACAUAUGGUAGACUAUGUGAUGGGGGUCCUGUUGUGACAAAUCAGGUUUAUGUUCACAGCAAAUUGAUGAUAGUUGAUGAUCGUAUAGUAUUACUUGGGUCAGCUAACAUUAAUGACAGGAGUUUACUAGGAUCAAGGGACUCUGAGAUUGGCAUAGUUAUUGAAGACAAGGUUUUUGUUGCUUCAUAUAUGAAUGGAAACCCUUGGAAAGCUGGUGGUUUUGCUCUCAGCCUUCGUCUCUCCUUGUGGUCUGAGCACAUUGGUCUUCACGGUGAAGAGAUCAGUAGAAUUUAUGAUCCUGUAAUUGAUGCUUCAUAUAAAGACAUCUGGAUGGGAACAGCAGAGAAAAAUACAAUGAUAUACCACCAAGUCUUUGCAUGCAUUCCGAAUGAUCACAUCCACUCCAGAGCUGCCAUCAGACAGAGUACAUCUUAUUGGAAAGAGAAGCUCGGGCACACGACCAUAGACCUGGGGAUUGCUCCAGAGAAGCUGGAGCCUUUCCCGAACGGGGACGACAAAGACGGUGAUCCUCUGGAGAGAUUAAAGGCAGUAGUUAAGGGCAACCUUGUUUUGUUUCCUUUGAAGUUCAUGUGCCAACAAGAGGACUUGAGACCAUUUUUUAUUGAAGGUGAGUUCUAUGCUUCUCCUCAGGUUUUCCAUUAAGAUUUAAUCUUGAUUCUUUCUCAUUGUAUAGUUGAACAUGUCAUUCAAACUGACACUGCAAAUGUAUAUUUAUUUAUCUUAA